AUGCAUGCAUGCAUACAUAAACCUUCACUAUGCGCUCAUAGAAAGGAGGAGUGUCUCUUCUGCCAUGUAAGGAUUUAAAGGUUCCCGUUCAGGAGGAUCAGCGAAGAGAUCUCCCUCGCUCCCCCAUCCCCGUCCCUCCUCCUCCUCCUCCUCCUCCUCCUCCUCGCCUCGGCAUCCUGAAUCCUUGCAGGGACUGAGCCCAGCCUUACCCCGUUCGGACAAAGACCGCCAGAGGCUGCAGGUGCUCCCGAGACCCUGGCCUCGGUUAGGCUGCUUUUUGCAAAAGGAUUUUGAAUCUGAGGAAGAUAUAACCUUACUCCUGCCUGCCUAUGCCUCUGGCUGGCCCCAUGAGUGGCUCUGGUUUGAGACAUUGACCUUCCUUGAUCGGCUUCCAGGCCCAUCCAGUGGACUGAACCCAGGGCGUGGUUCUUCCUGGGUAGAGUGAGGAGUGGAUAGUCAAGGCACCGGAGCAAGAGCCCACUUGGGGCUGCUGGCAGCGGAGUGAAGCUGGAACCAUCAGGGAAUAUGAGUGAAUUUUGGCACAAACUGGGCUGCUGUGUGGUAGAGAAACCCCAGCCGAAGAAGAAGAGAAGACGGAUUGACCGGACCAUGAUUGGGGAACCAAUGAAUUUUGUGCACCUGACUCACAUCGGCUCUGGGGAGAUGGGGGCCGGAGAUGGACUUGCCAUGACAGGUGCAGUUCAGGAGCAGAUGAGAUCCAAGGGAAACCGGGACAGGCCAUGGAGCAAUUCUAGGGGCUUAUAGCUUCCAAGGAAAUGGUUCUGCAGUCUUGGAGCCCCUGCUCCAUGUCCAGCCCAGAAGGAAUGCUGCCCCCACAUCCCUCCUACAACCAGUGAUCCAAGGACCCCUCUCUUUCCUGUCUGCCUAACAAGUGCCUCGAAAGGCAUGGGGGGCUGGACUCCCUUCCUCCCUCUGGCCUCUGCCCCUCCUGGAGACGGGGUCAAGGCAGCAGGACUGACCAAGUGACUACUGUUGGGCCAGAGGAGCUCGGCCGAAGCUCUGCACACCCUUAGAUCUGAGCGGGGAGUGCUCUGGGCACUAGGAUGUACCCUUUGCUCCUGAAUGAUGGUCAGGGUGCCACGUGUUGCCAAUCUUUUAACCAUGACUCCUUCAGUGGGGCCGGUAGGUGCGAUUACCAAAGCUGAAGCUGGCUUUGCUAAGACAAGUCCUACCUCCCUGCCUUCCUUUUCCUUCUGGAAUGAACUAAUGCAGGUAGAUGCCAAGGGGCUGGGAAGGUGACCACUGCCUUUUCCCCUCUAAUCUUCAGACUGUAAGUUCACAGCUCUUCAUAUCUCUCUGCCAUUAUACCAGGGUCUUUCCCCAGUCAGGCCUCCGACUCUGCUUCGGUAGCAUUACAAGCUUCCCAGCAACAUUCUUUUCUUCUUUUUUUCUUUUUUCUUUUUUUUAAUUAAAAUUUUAAUUUAAUUUGAGUUAUUUUGCUUAUCCCCAUCCUGCCUGCUGCUACCUCUGCCCCUACCCUGUCUUCUUAGGAACGUGAUUGUUGGUUGUUCCCUGGGAAAGAAUUAAGAGCUGGGUCUUGACCACGUUCUGUCAUCUCCCUCCCUGCUGACCAGUUGAAAGAACAUCUGAAUUUAAAAAAAAAAAAACAACAAAAAAACCCGGAUGUAGCAAAAUUAGGGCUGCA